AGUCGCGAAUCGGGAAAGUGGUGGGGGGUAGAGCAAUAAUCCCGCAAGUGGGAUAUUUUUUGACACAUCACCCGAAAAUUUCCCUCUCAAAAAGAUGGCGAUAAAAGUCAAAAAAUAAUUUAUUAUGACAUUUAGUGAAAUUACAAUAGAAAUUAAGUUUUUCUACUGAUGGCAGAUUCAUUUUUUGGGUUCGACAUCUCAUUGCCGCCGGAUGAUGAUCUCGGGGGCUGCUUGGAUGACGAGGAGCUGGAGUAUGAUGCCUUAAACGAUGAGACCUUCGGAUCGGCAAUCAACGGGGACUGGGAGGGGAUUCAUGAGAAUCUCGUGAAGCUCGAGGAUGAACUGAAGAAGGGCGAUGGGGCGUCCGGAAAGACCCCAACUCGAGGUCAGAGCACUUCCAGGAACAAAUAUGGUGCUGAUUUGGAAAUCAAUCUGUCUCGGAUGUCUCUGGACGAUUGCUUCGUGGAGAAUCUGGAUGAGCCUGAACUGCCCCUGAAGUUGGAUUCGAGCGUGUGGUCAUCACCGGUGGAUCACAGAAAGCGCGAGGAUCCGUACAAUGCCUUGUCCAAGGACACGUCGAAAGCGCCUAAAGCACAAGUGCUCAACAAUGCAUCCCCAUCGCCCCUCAAGAUGUUCACAGUCGAGGACAUCGAGCGCAGCAUCCGCAAGGCAUCCCGAUCCAGCGAAGCCCUCGGUGCUCCGCUCCACUAUGCCCCAGAGCCACCGCCGCCAAUCAACUGCCGGCCCCUAAUGCCACCGCCGGGCCUCCUUCCGUCCCCCAUGUCUCAGUCCCAUCAGGGACCGCCGCCUCCCCUCUUCAAUCCCCUUCAGUCCAUGUCCAAACAACCUCCGCCUCCCUUCAGGCCACCCGGCGACUUCCCGCCCCUCAUGCAUCUCAUGACUUCCAUGGGCGCCCCGCCGAUGCAGCGCCCCAUGCCGCCGCCCGUCACCAUGCCCCAGAUGCCCUUCAACAACCUCCCCAUGCACACAAAUUUUGGGGGCGUACGACCGAUGCCGGGUCAGCCUGGCAGGAUAAAUCCCCUUCUCAAUGGUCCGCCGUUUCCAACACCGCCUCCGGUUCCGCAAAUGCAAAGCAAUCCAUCCUUAAGUGUGAAUCAAUACAAUAAGAGAUUAGUGCAGGAAAUUCAACAGAAUCAUCCGAUGCUUCACUUCAAUCGCUUAAACAACUUCGAUGCUGGCAACAAUUCUUAUCAUCAGAACCAAAUGAAUGGCAACAAGAACAGCAAUCACAAUCACCAGCAGCAUCGUUUCAAGCAGCAGCAGCAACAUCAGAGGGAUGGAAAUUUGAAUUUGGAGGAGUACGAUGAAUAUGCAAAUUUAAUGAGUCAACGAAAUAAACAAUGGCUGAUAGGGAUACAAUUGCUGCAGUUGAACACAGAGACGCCCUACAUCGAUGACUAUUACUACACGGUGUACAAGGAACGGAGGAUGAAGCGUGAGCGUGAGAGUAAGGCUCAUCGGGACAAUCAGUUGAAUCAUCCGUUGACACAGCCCAAGGGUCAUGCUCAGCUGGUGCUGAUAUCGAUGGGGAAGAAUGGGACGAAUCAGAGGAAUCACGAUAGGGACAAGAAGAAUCAUCAGGAUUCGGGGAAAGGGGGCGGCGGGGGGGACAAGGAGAUGACUCCGAGGACAUAUACACCGCUUCAGUUUGAAAAUAGCCUGGGGAAGCUUCAGUGUGGAAGUGUAACGGCACCCAGGAAGAUCAUUGAUAUGGACAUUAUGGGGCCGGACACGGGGUAUCAGCUGAAUCCGAGCAUUGAGCUGUCCACACAGAAGAAAUCCCGCCAGAUGUUGCUGCACAUUGAGUCUCUGUACAAGAUUGUGCUGAAGAUUGAGGAUCUCAAGGAUCCCAUUGCCAUUGCCACGGCCGUGGUGCUCAAGGCCAAGAAGGAGCGUGAGAAGAAGCAGGCCCUGGAGCAACUGGAGGCCGAGGGGGCGGCAGCGGGGGAGGAUGAGGGAGGAAAGAGUCGUCAGGCGGCACUGGAGGCAAUUGAUGAGAAAUAUCCGGAACCGGAGAAACUGGAAGAGCUCCUGCCGCAGCUCGUGGCGGGUCUGAGUGUGGACAAAGUGAUGGGAAUGAUGAAUGUGAGGAAGGGGAAGACACUACUGAAGCGUUCGAUGCCCCAUCUGGUGGACGAAGAGCACAAGUGGCAAGUGUGGCAGGCAAUCUUCGCGGUCCUUCCCAUUAUCGCCAAAAAGGACAGGGACGAUGCAGAUGGGACGCUCCUGGGGCUCUUCACGGAGUUCAAAAAUCAUCUGAUUGUGGCGAAAUUGAGUGACUUCAUCACAGUUCCAAGGGCCAUUCUGGCGGCUAACAAGAAACUUAAUUAUAUUUUUGGAAAUAAGUUUGGUAUGCUGUCGAUAAUUGCGAUGAUGCUUAGGGUGGAGACGAUAUUUCAAAUGGAUGAUAAUGAGCCAGCCAGCAAUGAUGGGAUGGCCUGGAGGCAAUUCCUGGUGACGCUGACUGCGUGCGCUGCCAAGCAGCCAAAUGCAGAAUCCGAGCAGAGUUUAGACAAAGAAAUUUUACAAAUUCUACUCAAUCAUCUGAGGAGAUUUCCCGAAAUUGAAUCACAGCCACUGACAACAGUUCUAUCGCAGGUUGAAUUUAAGUAAAUUCCUUCUUUUAUCCCCCCCCCUAACGAACCUUUUCAACAAGUCUAUAUAUUUUUUUAAUUGUUUUUUGUUCCUUCAAAAUUUUUCCGACUCGGGAAAUCAGCUGAUUGUGCAUAAAAAAAACACACAAAAGCGUUGAAAAAUUUCUCUAAAUAAGAGUUAAAGAGAUUAUGUUUCUUGAAAUUUUCUCUUUUAUUACAUUUGAAAUUUCCUAAAAAAAAAAUAAAAUUAUCAACCAAAAUUAUUUAAUUGUGAAUUUUAGGAAAGAGAGAAAACAACAAAGAAAUCAAAUAUUAAAAAAAUAAUUAUAUUCUGUGCAAAUUUUAUUUAGUAAUUUCUUCCUAUUUUGGACCAAUCUCACGUUGAUUGUUGUGUCUCACGUUGUUGGAAAAUCCAUUGUGAGAUUGUGAAAAGAAAAAAAAUAUUGAGCUGUAAUAUUUUAUACACCAUACUCCAUUACAAAUUUAUCCAUCCUUCCCCAAAAUAAUUUUAUUUCCUCGCUUCUAUUUUUUAUUUUUGUAGUAACACACGCAACAUAAAGUAUGACUUAAUGGAUAAAACAAAAAUAGAAACAAAAAACAGAUAUUUUUUAUAAAUUUUGUCACAUGCAACAAGAGGAAAUUAUCAAUUCUGUAAAUUAGGAUAUAAAUUUUCUUUUUUGCUCUGUCAUAAGUUAAUUCUUAUUACCUUCUGUUGUAGUUAAUGAAUAAAUAAUUAACAAAUAAGUGAGAAAAAAAGAAGCAGACAUUCAGCAUCUUCAUUUUCUUUUAUUUUGUAAUUUUAAUCUUAGAAGAAGUAAAGAAAAAAAACAUGAAAAGCAGAAAAAAACACUUGUCUACAGCUGGUUUUUAUAUUUCAAAAAUUAUUAUUAAAAUUUAAUUUUCUGACUUUCAAAAA